GUCUGAUGGAGAAAACGUACUACCCCCGACAGAUCACUUUUGAGUGAACAACAAAGCUUUGCCAAUCAUCGUAUUUUCUAACUGGCCGACAAGACUGACCGAACGGUCUAACGGAUGUCAAAAGUCUGGCGAACAGAUGUACAGCUUGCUUUCUAAGCCACAUCGUAUUUGAAGGUAACUGAAGUUUUCUGUGUUCCGCCUGACGUGCAACGUUCAAGGGCUGACUUAACACACUCUAGUUUCGAUAAAAAAAAACACUAUUUGAUUGACGCAAUUUUUCUUUUGGAAAUUUAAGAAAAGACAAGCAAGGGAUACCAGCGUGUGUGUCUGAGGAAGCGCUUUUUUACCGUUUCUUGAUUAAUCCGAAAGCGAAAGCUCAGGGUGCGCCGGAACUAUAUAGCUAAGUCCUAUCACAAUACUUGUCAUUUUCACAACAUACAACAACAUAUAAAGGAAAUAUAAUCGGUAUCUCAAGCUUUCUUAAGAUAGACUUUUUACUUUAAAAAAAUAUCGCAAUUUUUGCAGUUAGUCGACGAAUAUCUUCGGCACUAUUGUUUUGAAUUGUUAGAGCUUAUCAUGUGUCACGGGGAAUCCCCUAAAUUCUUAGAUUAGAAAGAGAUUUCGUCAUCUUCAAUUGUCUUCUUCAGAUAUCCACGGCGGCAAGAUGCGUUUGUUCAUCAGUUUGUUGUGCGCUACAAUUCUGCAUACUUUUGUCCAAUACGGAAAGUGUGAUGCGAGCUCUUCUACCAGUGGUCAAGAAUGCUUUCUUGUACCCAAUACGACCUGCGCUUGGGAAGAUAGAGAUGGGAAUAUCUUUAAUUUAGCCCCAUUGACAAGGUAAGCAAAACAAGAUAAACUCAAACGAAAAACAGGAUAUAUCCAUAAAAUGAUCUUAAGAUGUUGAUUAAUUCAUAGUAAGGGCUAUCAUCCGUGUCCGAGUUUUCCACUCGAGCGCGGUUCCAAGAAAGAGAAUUUAAAGUGAAAUUCGUGGAACUUCGAUAUUAACUCUUUGUAGACUACUGUGUUCAAUUUAAGGCACACGAUGUUCCUUCUCCGCCUCAUAUCAGAGGAAAAGAAGCGUAGCUCAGUUUCACAAGCUCUUUCCAGAGUUCAGUGGACUCACUCACUCACACUUAUAGCAAGCAAGCUUUUGUCGUAACAGAAUGAUAUUUAACACAUGUGAUCAAAACAGUCUUCCUAGGUAAUUUAGCGGCGGAACAUUUUUACAGCUAUAUGCUAAUUGCAUAUAGGCUAAGAAACUAAUCAAAAGUAUAUUUUCGAAUAAAUCUGCUGAGUCUCACAAGUCUAGCGUGACAUAUGUAUAUGUAUUUUUCACUUGCGUUUUUAUCAAGCAGCCAUAGUGAAUCUGAUGAUUGACAUGGAGCAGACAAGAAAUUGAUAAAAUUGAACUUUCGAUCUCUGAAGAAAAGUAAAGAACACCAUUGACAGAAUGUGAUAGAAGGCCGCGAAAAAAAAAAACUUUUGAAAGGCGAUCCUUUCAGCAGGGAGAGUUUAGGGAGUCUGCAAAAAUAUCAGUUGUGAUUAUAGUUGAGAGCGUUGGUUGGUGUAUCUGUGUAUCUGUGUAUCUGUUGGUAGUUCCCUACACUCCAUAAUGAUUAUAUGGUCGAACUUGUAUUUUGCGGCACCUAUUACGCGGUCGCCUCUAUAAGCAGUCAGUGAUCACCCUUUACAAAGUCCCAACGGCCUGUUUUUAUUGUUCUCCACCUGUAGAGAAGGGUCACGCGAAGCGCAACCACUCAAAUAAAACUUCGAAUAAUCUUUCAAGUAAAACUUUUUCCAUCCUUAUAUCCCAAAAUCAAUUUAAGUAGUAUUUUAGAGCUAGUUUUUGCACUUUAAGUGGUCAGUGAUGGCAAAACAUGACGUCUUAAAUUGCUUUUCAGAAUGCUCCUAUCCUGUGGAAUCUGUAUUAGGCGGUCAUCUCGUCAUUCCUCGUUGUUGACCGCUUAAGACAGGUUCGACUGUAUUAGACUAUUAUUACAAUUGAGUGACUCGGUGCUAUGCUUCCCUUCGAUCAAUCAUCACUUCGUAACCAAUGCUUUCUUAUGGACAUUUCCUUAGAGGCUUCCUCGCAAAUGGUACACCUCAUGGAAAAUACCAUCAGUACUAUUCGUACGCGUACAACCCAUGCAGAUGGAUCAGUUUAGCCGGUGAAUGUGAUCGGGAUAAAGAAACGGCAGUAAGUAAUGGUCCAAUUAUUUCUGCAGUCAUAGAAAUGGAGCUCGAUGUUUUUGGCGGUUUUGUUGUACUUGAGAAAUCUGGCUAUUUAAGCUUAAUUUGUGAACAGCAACUCAGCAUUGUGCAUUGGGACGCGCAAGAGGACUUGCUUGUUAUCAACAGACGUAAAAAACUUAGGGAUGCAUGGCCAUCGUAUUAUGCAGGUGAUCAACAACUCUUAAAAGAACACCUGAGUUCGAUAAUGGAAAGACUCACCAAUUAAGUAGGGCAGUUAAUUUUUUCCAGCAUACUUUGUUUUCUGUCGCUGUAAAAGUUGUUUUCUCCGAAAUAAGUUAAAGUUAUUCGGAAAGCAAAAUGAUUUUCGUCUUAGAAUAAGAUCUAUGAUAUCUUUUUGUGUAGUAUCAGGUAUGAAUUGGGUAACCGUGAUCUUUUGAGAGCACAGACUGCGAAUAUAGCAAGCGAUUAAAUAAAAUAGCACGGUUACCACCCUUUAUAAUUUUGUGUUUGCAUACCGGAAUCUUGUGUGUGGCUGGUCUUAAACAUCAGAGUAACUUUGAAUUUGUUGGUGGCCCUGUGGCAACAGUCGCACUAUUUCUAUUAUCUUUCAGAUAUGUAGGUGGACUCCAAACAACGAUAAUCCUGACAAUUAUCAAUCAAUUGGAAAUAAAAUGCCAAAAUGUACCAAAGUGAGCAAUUUUAUUCAACUGACCUACAAAGCAGGGGGACGGUAUGUGUACUUGUACGCUCUUAAUUAUGACUAGGCUUAGCAAUAAAAAUUAAGUAAAACUCUGGGUCAGUGUUCUUAUGAGCACAUACAAGUUAACUAAGGUGCGGGUUCUUAUUUAGUGGUGGGCACAUACGCUAACUCGAAAAACAAAUGAAUUUUACCACAGCGAAACACAUGGAAGCAGAAAAUUAACAAUCAGCACGAAGGAACAAUCUACCAUUCUCGAAAAAUGCUGUGAAGAGCUGUACUGCUUGAUCUAUAGGAUAUCUUUUUUUUAUCAGAAACCAAAGCCUAAAGAAAAAACAGAAUUUUUUUCUAUUAGAAGACACUAACUUCCUAAUUUAUCUUCUUUUAGGCAUCUUCAGAAUCUAAAGUCCAUUGUCAAUGUGAAGUGCGAACGGACCAAAGUAGACAUCAAGGAUGCAACCUUUAAAGUAAUCAAUGAAGAUUACUGGGUUAGUUACUUUUUUACACAAUUUAUCUAUUCAGAUUGACAUGAAAAAAUAAUAGUAAAAAUAAAAUGUAAUGUUCUCGUCAGCCGAUUGGAUUGAAAGAGUACGAGUCGCUCAUAAAUAUUACUCCCUUGUCAAUGCACAGUGCAACUGGACCAAAGUAGACGUCAAAGAUUAGCAGUAUUGCUGUCGAAGUAUCGCGAUUUUCUUUUGAAAGAAACUCUACAGUUGAUUUACUCUUUAUCGUGAGACGAAUUAUUAAAGAUUCUCUAACCAAGAUAAAGCUUUGCAAAAAACACGGGAAAAACUUCUCUUAAUUCUUUUGUUAUGAGUUUUUCAAGACAUACAAAGUCUACUAAGAGUUGUGCAAAAGAUGGUUGAAAUAUAUCUGCCUUUUGCAUCCUGCUUCAUAAAAUUACAUGGAAUUCGUUCAUGGCUUUAGCGACUUUCUUUGGAUGUCAUCAUUUCUAACACAAGUCUUGUUGAAACCAUGAUGAGACUCUUGAAAUUUUCCCCUUGUAUCUUUUUGUGCUCUAGAAAUUUGAGCUGGAUCACUUGUGCGGUUGUGAGAAUGCUUGUGUUUCUGGGACUUCCCUUAGCCUAGCAGCGGAGGAACAUUGUAAGUUAACUGAAAGUCAAACAGUACUUUCCUUAUCGCAGGAAUGGUGAUUAGGAGGAAAAGUCGAGAAUAAAAAAUAAAGAGUAAAUAGGUGUGAUGGACCUGACACUCAGUACCACCAAAUAAUGCUUUGUUGCUCCCACAGAAUUCGUACAACAUCAAUAAUAUCAUCAAAGUUGAUGGAAGGGCGCUCAAUUGCUCCGCAAAAACUCCUUCUCUUCUAAUGAUGUUCACGUUCAAGAAAUAUUUAUUAAUUGAAAAAUAACAUCUUCUGGUUCCUCUUUAAUUUGUGCAGCGCACAUUGUGGAAAUUGUGGCUCCAACCGCUGGGGUGAUUGUACUACUGGUGGUCCUUGCAGGGCUUUUUUUAUGGUGGAGAAAGAGGGGGAACAACCAAGAUGAUGAAGAGAGGCGACCAUUGCAACAGGACGGCCCAGGCCAGGACGGUGCCCAUAGAAUCCUCGAUGCACCCCCUGAAAACAUGGAAAGGAGGCCACCAUCCGUUGCUCUACCACGAAGCAAAAACAACAACCUUAGCUUAACUAUUUGAGUACCUAUUGUUAAGGGAAAGGGAACCUUCUAAUAGCAUGUAUUUUUUGAUACGAGUACCAGACCAUCGCCCCCUUGGGAUAAUUUCCUUUGGUACUACCUGUCAAGUUGGUUUUGUUGGUAGCUUUUGUGUUUUAAGUAAUUUUUGUAUUCAUGACCAGCUUUGCGUCGGAAAAAAUAAAUAUGUAAAUUAGCUGGCUGCACAUUCAAUGAAGAUGACAGUAAAUCGUUAACACAAAGUCCAGGAAUAGUCCUGGACAAAUUUGAUAGAAAAUAUAACAGGAAUAAUUUAAAACACGUAUAAGAAGAAGAAACUAAAAAAAUUGCCUAAAAAGCGGCACCGGGAAAGCUGAUUACACCUCUAUGAUCAUAGGCCUGUUUCUGGCUAACUCAGAAAAACCCUUCUUUAUACAGGUCAUGGUUUUGAACUUUUAAAGUCCAGAAACUGUUGAUUAGAUAAUCCAGAG